AUGUCCAACAUCCCCAUCUCAGACGACUUGGCCAAGGCAUUCAAAGAGGCCGACGCUUCGACACGAGCCAUUCUCGUCCAGAAUGACGGCGGCUUCCUCAAGCUCGUCCAGUCCGCACCGCCUUCCGGCCCAGAUGUGAGCGACAAGGAAGAUUUUGCGCCCGUCCUCGCCAAGCUCUUUGCCAAUGACCCGCAGCGCAGUGGCUAUGCGUUGUACCGCCUCGACAGUCAAUCCGCCUCGGGUGAAUGGGAGUGGCUCUGCUGCUCGUACCAGCCGGACGGAGCCAAGAUCAAGGAGAAGAUGCAGUAUGCCAUCACCCGCUCUUCCCUCAUGGCGGGCUUGACGGAGCGCAGAUUCUUGGAAACCAUCUUUGGUGCUUCGCCUUCGGAUUUCUUGUGGCCUACCAAGCUGCGCAACAGUCGAAAGCAUGAUUACCAGAACCCACAGCUCAAGACCGCGGGCGUCGCUGCAUCCGAGGCAGCCGGAACCGGCUCAGGUGGGGCGAGAAGGAACUUUGGCUCGGCUGGCAGGACCAACAAUCUCCGAUCGACCGAGGAUGAGCCAUCCAAUCUGGAAGCUACCUCUGCGGUGUCUGGCGUCAGCAGCGCGGGCGGAUCGGCAGGUGCCUCGCCCGCCGUCGAACGUCCUCAGCCGGUGCCGGAAGCCGAGCUGCCCAAGGUCACGCAGGCGCCUACACCGAAACGAUACAACUCGCACGAGUUCACCUCGGCGUUCAAGAGCCCCACACCGCCGGUCGCGGAUCAGGAACCUGCGGAGCCAGCAGUUCCUGUGACUGCCACCGAGUCGACACCAUCCGCUACCAGGGACGACAAUGCCAAGCAAUUCGCUGCCGAGGAGAAGGCGCCAGAAGAGCCCAGCACGCCAAAAGUCGCUGCAGGCCAGACAGACAGCCUGUCGCAGCCCACAGUACCAUCUGGAUCGACUCUGACUGCAGCUGCCAACGUCGCAUCUGCAAUUGAUGCCGACGAGCCCGAGUGCAAGGUCACGGAAGCGGAGCAGGACUUUGCUCAGAGCAAAGCGCCCCAGGAGCCUUCCUCACCAUCGACCGAGAGCAAAGCGCCCUUGUCACAGCCCACGUUGCCGACAUCGCUUGACCAGGCGAGUCUCAAGGAGGAAGCACCCGAAAGGCCGCAGGAAAAGAGCUCCAUCUCGAUCGGAUCCGGUUCGGGUCCCUCGGCGACCGGCCUCACUCAGCGGGAGGAGGAGCUCGCCUCGUUGCGAAAGCUGCAGGCGACCGAGCGAGCGGGGACCAACGGCAGCAGCGCAGGCAGCGGUGCUGGUGGCCCCGCUGUGGGAUUUAAGUGGGAUGAUGGCGUGCAAGAUGCCAUCAAGGCGCUUGCUUCCACUGCCUCUGGCACUUCCGAGUGGAACCUGGUCGUCCUGUCCAUCGACCUGCGCAGCGAGACGGUUGAGCUGGAAUCGCCGCCUCGCUUCGUGCCGCCUGCCGAUCUGCCCUCUGCGCUCAGCGCCAACGACCCACGCAUCGCCUUCUACCGUCUGGAUAAGGCUUCGAUGCAGACGUCGGGCGAGAGCGUCGUUGCGAUGCUCUACUGCUGCCCCGCAUCGAGCGGCGUCAAGGCGCGCAUGAUCUACUCGAGCAACGUGCUCAUCAUUCUCAACCACGUCAAGGGCUUUUCGGGCAUGCGCGUGGUUAAGAAGCUCGAGGCGUCCGACAGGGAGGACUUUACCCAUGCAUAUGUUACGGGCGAGAUCGAGGAGGUGUUGGCGCAGGAGAGGCACAAGUUUGCCGGCACGGGUUUUGAUGGAGAUGCGCCCCAGACGCUGAGCAAGACCGAGGGGACAGGGUUCUCGAGACCUCGCAAGGCGGGUUCCACUCGACACUGA